AGGAGGAAGAAACGGGGGAUAUGGAUAUGGAGGAGGAAGAAGCGGUGGUUAUAGAGGCGGAGGAAGAGACGGCAGCGGUGGAGGUCGCAAUGCUCGUGGUCGACGCGGCCCGAACCAGCAGACUCAACCGAGUGGGCCGCCGCAGCCGCCGCGGCGGUCGUGGCACCAACCUCGGCCCGGACCUUCUGUCUUUCCUGCUAUAGAGCCUGUUGUCAAUGCUAUGCAAAACGUUUCGGGAUCGAGGCCUGCAUUGUUGCCUAGUGUUCCUAUGAAACGCCCUGACAAUGGUGGUACACUUGCCAUUCAGACUGUGAGGCUAUCUGUCAAUCAUUUUGCAAUGAGGUUUAAUCCUGAGAGUAUCAUAAGGCACUAUGAUGUUGAUGUCAAACCAGAGGAGCCCCCCAAGCAUGGUCGCCCUGUGAAAAUACCAAAGUCUAAUAUGGCUAUGAUCAGGGACAAGUUGUUUGAAGAUGAUCCUGCUCGAUUCCCUUUGGCAUUGACUGCCUAUGAUGGUGAGAAGAAUAUUUUCAGUGCAGUGCAACUUCCAACUGGAAGAUUUACUGUGAGAUUCUCUGAAGUGGAAGAUAUGAAGUUUCGUUCAUAUGCAGUCACCAUAAAGCUUGUAAAUGAGCUAAAGCUUCACAAGUUGAAGGAUUACUUGACAGGGACAUUCUUGUCUAACCCCCGUGAUAUUUUGCAAGGGAUAGAUGUAGUAAUGAAAGAGAAUCCGACUCGGCAUAUGAUUUCUGUUGGCCGAAGUUUUCACCCUUUUGAACCUUAUCCAGGAGAUGACCUUGGAGGUGGAAUCACAGCAUCUCAAGGAUUUCAACAUGGCCUGAGGGCUACCUCCCAGGGUCUUGCAUUGUGUUUGGACUACUCUGUUUUAGCAUUUCGUAAGAAAUUGUCAGUUAUAGACUUCUUGAGGGAGCAUGUUGAGCAUUUUGAUCCAAAUGGUUACAGAGACUGGAGAAAAGUUGAAAACAAACUCAGAGACGUAAAAGUUUAUGUGAUUCACCGUCGUACCAAGCAAAAGUACACCAUUGCUGGGUUAACUAGGGAGACUACACGACAACUAUCAUUUUAUGCUGAAGAUCCGGAGGGCAGGGCCCCACCAAGACUAGUCAAACUUCUUGAUUAUUUUAGGGAAAAAUAUGGCAAGGAUAUUAUGUACCCAGAUAUUCCUUGCUUAGAUUUGGGAAAAAAUAAUCGAAAAAACUAUUUACCAAUGGAGUUUUGUGUCUUAGUUGAAGGGCAGAUAUAUCCAAAAGAGAAUCUGCGUAAAUAUGCUGCUCAACGGUUGAAGGAUAAAUCACUGCCUCGACCAUGGGAGAGACGGGACGUGAUAUCUGAAAUGAUAAGAUCAAGGGAUGGGCCUUGCGGUGGGCAGAUUGCUCAGAAUUUUGGGCUUGAAGUGAAUACAAACAUGACAAGUGUUGAUGGACGUGUGAUUGGGCCACCUGAGUUGAAGGUAGGUGCUGCUGGGGGAAAAGUGAUUAAGAUACAAGUUGAGAAGGAGAAAUGCCAAUGGAACCUGGUUGGCAGAGCUGUAUUAGAAGGAAAAAGAAUAGAGAGGUGGGCUGUAAUUGACUUUAGCUCUUCUGAUCGAUAUAAUAAACUGGAUCACGGUGUAUUUAUUAGUGACAUUAUCGAUCGGUUUGUGAGUUUAGGGAUUCUCAUGAACGAACCUGCCAUAUAUCACCCCACUUCAAUGAAUCAAUUCUCCAAUGUCGAUGGGCUCCGCCACCUUCUUCAAGGUGUUAUUUCCCGGGCUUCUAAGAUUUGUAAGGGCCCUUUACAGAUUCUUAUUUGUGUGAUGCCUGGGAAGGAUCCUGGUUACAAAUAUCUCAAGUGGAUCUCGGAGACUGGACUUGGUGUGGUGACACAGUGUUGUUUGUCAAGUAAUGCUAAAAGGACUAACCGAGGCUAUGACCAGUGUCUUGCCAAUCUUGCUCUUAAGAUCAAUGCCAAGCUCGGAGGCAGCAAUGUAGAACUCAUGGACCGGCUCCCCUAUUUCGAGGGCGAUGAUCAUGUAAUGUUUGUGGGGGCUGACGUUAAUCAUCCUGCUGCUCGAAACACAACAAGUCCAUCAAUAGCAGCUGUUGUGGCCACUGUGAAUUGGCCUGCAGCUAAUCGAUAUGUGGCAAGGAUUCGGCCUCAAUACCAUAGGACAGAAAAGAUUCUGAAUUUUGGGGACAUGUGCGUGGAACUUGUUCAAUCUUAUACUCACCUGAAUGAAGUCAAGCCACAGAAGAUUGUGGUGUUUCGUGAUGGGGUCAGUGAUGGCCAGUUCGAUAUGGUUCUCAAUGAAGAGUUAACACAGUUCAAGGAGGCAUGCCAAAGAAUCAAUUACUUCCCGACCAUCACACUGAUUGUAGCCCAGAAGCGACACCAGACUCGACUCUUUCCGGAGAGUAAGCGGGAUGGAGGUAUCACUGGCAAUGUACCACCAGGAACUGUUGUGGACUCAAAAAUUGUGCACCCAUUCGAGUUUGAUUUCUAUCUGUGUAGCCACUAUGGAAGCCUUGGAACAAGCAAGCCCACACACUACCAUGUCUUAAAGGAUGAGCAUGGAUUUACUUCUGAUCAAUUGCAGAAGCUUAUAUAUAACCUGUGCUUCACCUUUGCUCGGUGCACUAAGCCCGUGUCAUUGGUCCCACCAGUGUAUUAUGCUGACUUAGUUGCCUAUAGAGGACGGUUGUACCAUGACGCAAUGGUAGCGGGGCAAUCUCCAGCUUCAGUUUCAUCGCCAUCUUCAUCACUAACUUCAUCUUCAUUAUCAUCUGUGGCCUCGGUUGAUGAGAGGUUCUACAGGUUACACACUGACCUUGAAAACAUUAUGUAUUUUGUUUGAACAGUUGAAUCAUGGACUAUCGCUUCUAUCUUCUCAAACUGUGAUGGAGAUAGUACCGAUAGUACCAUAAUUAUUAGAUGGUACCAUUUUGAUGAAAUCUCAUAACACAGUUUUACUCUCCUAACGGCCUAGUAAGGGAGUUUGUGCGUGAAUCUAAUGGGGUUCGUUCAAGUCUUUUCUUUUGGUAUAUCUAGUUUUUGUCUCUUCAAAUUCUCAUGGUUCGUUUAGCAGCCAUGUUAGUUUGAGGAAUCAUCGAGUUUGUAGUUGGACUCCUCUCCCUGUUUCCAGGCGAAUUUUCUGGUUUUGCAUGUCUUCUUCCUUUUCUGAUGGUGCGUUUGGGUUUGUUGUCCAUUUCGGUGAUUUGGUUCUAACAUAUCGUGUGAAAUUGCUGUUAUGAGAACUUCUAACCUAGGCAAAAUUCAAAUACUAAGGAAAUAAUACUUCAAUUAUAUUUAUUUUGGGUUUAUUGA